CAGCAACUCCCAUUCAACGUUGAAGCAGAUAGCAUCUUCUCUCACUGUUAUGAUCUUUCGCCUAUGGCUACCUUCAACCUCUCUUCUAUGCACACUCUUUCCUUUCAUCGUUUAUUUUCUUCUUUUCCCCUAAGUACCCCUACCCUUUCGUUCAAUUUACAACCCAAACCCUGUGUGAACCCUCACCCAAUUUCUCUGAAACCCUACAAUUCAGAGAAACUUCGGACACGUGUGGUGGCUCUGGCCGUGAAGAACCUCGGCGAGACGGAGUCGGUGACGGUGUCGCCGGAAAACGAUGGACCCGCCGGAGAACUGCCGUCGGGAGCCGGCGUUUACGCCGUUUAUGACAAGAACGGCGAGCUUCAGUUCAUUGGCUUGUCACGUAACAUUGCGGCGAGCGUUUCGACCCACUGGAAAUCGGUGCCGGAGCUAUGCGGUUCCGUCAAAGCUGGGAUAGUGGAUGAACCAGACAGGGAAGCUCUAACCCAAGCAUGGAAGUCAUGGAUGGAAGAAUACAUAAAAGUGAGUGGAAAAGUUCCACCUGGUAAUGAAUCAGGAAAUGCCACUUGGGUCAGGCAGGCACCUAAAAGGAAGCCUGAUCUUCGGUUGACACCUGGUCGCCACAUGCAAUUAACUGUCCCUCUUGAGGACCUCAUUGACAAGUUGGUAAAAGAGAACAAAGUAGUUGCAUUCAUUAAGGGCUCCAGAAGUGCACCACUAUGUGGAUUCUCACAGAGGGUAGUAGCCAUUCUUGAAAAUGAAGGAGUAGAUUAUGAGAGUGUGAAUGUGCUAGAUGAAGAGUAUAAUUACGGAUUGAGGGAAACACUUAAAAAGUACAGCAACUGGCCCACAUUCCCUCAGAUUUUUCUGGAUGGUGAACUGGUUGGGGGUUGUGAUAUAUUGACCUCCAUGUAUGAGAAAGGUGAACUAGCUACCGUGUUCAAAAAAUAAUUUUGCAAGGUACCUACAUUUGGGUAUUCUUUUGAACUUGGAGAAUAUGAAUAGAGCGUGGGACAGUAAGGGAAGGGUAAUGCAGGUCAUGUAUAUUUGUUUUUUUAAUCAAAGUACAAAAUGCUUGUCUUUUUCAUU